UCGAUUUGCGCAUUUGUUGACAAGUGGGUUAACGUCGUAACGUCACGACGCGAACCGCGGCACGUGACGUGGAAAGAGGAUAAAGAAGGAAGCAAGGCUUCGGCCGUAGUCGCGGCAAAAUCGGUUCGAAAAAUUAGCUCGCGAGCUACAGUUAGCCGCUACGUGCGCCCUUUUGUUGUCUGGUUAGGCAGCAUUUGGUGUUCGCCAUCAUGGAAGACGCCAUUAUAUUUCGUAUGAGCGCCUUUUCCGAGCAAGGAGGGAGGAAAUACAUGGAGGAUGUUGUCGAGAUAAGAGUCGAGUACGAGCCGACGUCUGUGGCUAGCGACGACUACACAAAGUCCCACGAAGACGGGGCGGAGAGCGACUCUUCCAAAGCGGGCACCGAAAGCGAGCUCCGGGCUCCGAAUGCGCCUACAAAGACUGGCCCGGUUUCGGCUGUGUGGCUCGAGAGCCUGGACGGCGAAGACACCGGCGACCGCAGCGGCAGCGCGCCGCUAUCGGACCAGAAAGUCGACACUCGGAGGUCCGUGGCGUUUUUCGCCGUCUUCGACGGCCACGGAGGCCGGGAAGCGGCUUAUUUCGCCAGGGAACAUUUGUGGGAUUUAUUAAAGCGACAAAGGGGCUUUUGGUCCAAGGAUCACUCGGAAGUAUGCGCUGCCCUUCGGAGAGGAUUCAUCGCCUGCCACCAUGCAAUGUGGAAACAACUACCAGAGUGGCCUAAAACCAUAACAGGGCUGCCCAGUACAUCCGGCACAACGGCGAGUGUGAUAGUCAUACGCGGAGUUCACAUGUACGUCGCUCACGUGGGCGAUUCGGCAGUAGUGGUUGGAGUGAAGGAAAACGAAUCCAGUAUCACACUUCAAGCGCUCGAAGUCACGCAAGAUCAUAAACCCGAGCUUCCGAAAGAGAAGGAACGGAUCGAGCGACUGGGUGGUAGCGUAAUGAAGAAAUCUGGGGUGAACCGCGUCGUGUGGAAGAGACCCCGACUUACCCACAACGGGCCAGUGAGGAGGAGCACAGUCAUUGACCAGAUCCCUUUCCUGGCAGUGGCGCGAUCGCUUGGUGACUUAUGGAGCUACGACUUCUACAGCGGAGAGUUUGUGGUGUCGCCGGAGCCCGAUACCACCGUGAUGACCCUCGACCCCAAACGACAUCGCUACAUUAUCCUCGGUAGUGACGGUCUGUGGAACAUGAUGCCCCCAAAGGACGCAGUCAAUAUGUGCUACAGCCAUGACAAAAUGGUGGGACCGAAAGGAAUGUCCUGUGCCUGUCGGUUAGGAUGUACCGCACUACUUUUCUGGAAAGAACGUAUGCUUCGUGCAGACAACACAACGGUCAUCGUACUGGCGCUGCAGGAGCGUAGUGGCCCGUCCAUCCCCAUGCAUCGAGAUGAGAUCAUGGUGGACAUGUCGCAGGGAAUUGACCACAUUCCCUUUCCGGGGACUCCGUACAACACGUAUGAGAUUCCCAAGCGGCACGAAGCCGAGAAUGCCUCCUCUCUACUUAAACACCGAUCGAAGAAUCUGGAGCGGGCAUUCGGACUGUACGAAGCGGCUUUCUGCGCCACCGCGCACGUGUCGCCGGACGCCGCGCCGGCCCCUUCGUUCAAAGCCUUCCAAACGCUAGACUCCGAGUCGAAAAGGUCUCAGCGCUCUCCAGACGUCGCGCCCGAAGACGGUCAGUCCCCGGACAAAAGUUUGCCUCAUAAAAGCCCUCGCGGCAAAAGCGAACAAUCGUGCGAAAUUUACAAGCGGGAGACCGACGACUCGGCCGCGCGGCAGAAACGGCAGCACAAGGCCUUCUUGUGCGUGUACUGAGCGGGAGAAGGGCCAGCCUCUUUUUAAAUAGUUUUUUAUUUGUACAAUGUCUCUCGUUUGUAAAUAUGUGGUGAACUUUGAGAUUUUAAAUGUGCUUUGUUUUGAAAAAUGUUCAUUUUUGCUAGACUCCCUGCCACAUCUUUCAAUUUUAGACUUUACAGAAAUUGUAGAUGUCUUCUAUGUUCCUAUUUUCAUACUUAUACAUAAAUAAAAUGAUAAUAUUAUAUAUAUAUAAAGAAUAUUUUGAAGGGUAAAAUGGCACCAUAUAUUUUAGAAAUUUGAAUAAUUUGCCUGUUUAGAAAUUAAAAGUUUAUUUUAAGAUUGUUUGGAUUUGAACAGUUUUUCCGCAAUUUCGUCCAUAAUUCAGAGUAAAAGCAAAAGUCCAUUUGUUUUAUUGUAUUUGUCCUCGCUCAUGUAAAACAGUUGACAUACUACAGAGAGCGCUUCCAUUCUUGCUUGGAAUGUUUUCUAUUCCAAGCGUCAAACCAAUCAGAGGUGGGUUGAGUAGCCAAAAAUUUGGAAAGAUGGCGAGAACCAAAAGUGGUAUUUGCCAUGUGGCAAAAUUGAUUUUGCCAUGUGGCAAAAUGUAUAUUUUGACAUGUGGCAUUUUUUAUUGGUAUGUGGCAAAGGGGAUUUUGGUCUGUGGUAUAUAUAAUUUUUUUUUUUUUUUUUUUUUUUUAAUGGCAU